GAUAUGGGACCCUGAAAUUCACAUGACCAUUUCACCUGCAUUUCAGCCCAGUCAAGCCAAAGCCAUGGGUCUACUCGGUGCCAUCAACCCUUCCUGGGAAGACAUCGACUACAACCAGUUGCAUGUCAAGCUCAAGAUCAUCGCCGGUUCCUUCUUCUUCUUUGCCUUUGUCUACCUCCUGUGCCACAUCCUGUCUUCAUUCCUCAAGACAUACAACGGCCUGCGUCUGAAGGAGAGGAUCUUCUGGAACCUGGCGAUCGUGCGGGCGACGUUCGGCGUGUUCUGUACCGUGGUGGGGAUCUGGGCGCUGUGGUGGGACCAGGAGCUGAAGAAGGAUGUCGUGUUCGCCACCACACCCACCAGCUUCUUCGCCAUCUGUACCACGAUUGGCUUCUUCCUGUUCGAGUGCUCGACCCUCCUGCUGUCCGACAUCAUCUUCCGCAAGGUCAGCAUCCUGCUCAACCUGCACCACUGGCUGUCGCUGGUCGGCUACUCCCUCAUCCUGUGGGUCGGCAGCACGCACUACUUCGCCACCAACGGGCUGAUCCUGGAGAUGAGCACGCCGUUUUCGGCGCUGUGUUGGGUGCUGCUGAAGUGCGGGCGGGCCGACACGCGGACCUGGUGGCUCAACCAGUGCGUGCUGGUCCACACCUUCCACCUGCGCUCUGUGCUGGAGGCCUUCUUCUGGAUGGAGACUUACCGGCACUGGGACCACAUCUGGGCGGACAUGCCGGCCUCCAUGUUUAUCUCGUUCUACACGGAGCUGACCCUGGUGUCCUUCGUCAUGACCCCCUACUGGACCUACAAGAAGUCUGCGCAGCUCUUCAACCCCAUCGACUGGAACUUCCAGGACGCAGAGAAGACCAAAAACACCAACGGGGCGGCAAAGAAGGAGAAGUAACACAGUCUGUUCCAUCCAAAAAUCAUCAUGCAAAUGUGAGAACAGGGGAGAUGCAAUGUUUUACUUGAGGCCAAUACUGCAAUAAUGUAUCAACGUCGCCCAAUUUUCCUCUAGUGAAGAGGGCUGGGUGGAAUAGAUAGAAACGGUAGGAUUUAUAUGCUUUUAGGUAGGCAUUUUCAGAAAUACAUGUAUGAA